CCUUCUCCCCCUAAACACUAUUUAUGUUCUGGUCCUCUUCCCUCUUUUCAAACAUUUCAAUCUUCAAAGCCCACAAAUUAUUGCUCUGUUUUUUAUUUUCAAAACAUUUUUUUCAGAACAACAAACACAAGAUUUUGACAAAAAUGGAGCACAACUUCAAUCACCAAGAACCAAUUGAUCUCCCUCCAGGUUUCCGGUUUCAUCCGACCGACGAAGAACUGAUCUCUCACUAUCUUUAUCCCAAGGUUUCCAAUUUGAAUUUUGUCGCCCGAGCGAUCGGAGAAGUUGAUUUGAACAAAGUAGAGCCAUGGGAGCUUCCAUGGAGGGCGAAACUCGGUGAGCAGGAAUGGUUCUUUUUUUGUGUUAGAGAUCGGAAGUACCCGACUGGAUCGAGGACGAACCGAGCUACAAGUGCAGGGUAUUGGAAGGCUACAGGAAAAGAUAAAGAGAUUUACAAAGAGAAUUCACUUGUUGGUAUGAAGAAAACUCUUGUGUUUUAUAAAGGAAGAGCUCCUAAAGGCGAAAAGACCGAUUGGGUCAUGCAUGAAUAUCGGUUAGAUGGGAAGUUUUCGGCUAAUAAUCUUGUGAAAUCGAGCAAGGGUGAAUGGGUGAUCAGCAGGGUUUUUCACAAGAGUUCUGGCGGGAAAAAGAUCCCAAUAUCUAGGCUAUUAACAAUGAAAAAUGAAUAUAACAACCAAAACUCCUUUGGUUCAUCAAAUAUGCCUCCACUAAUGGAAAUUUCAAGUGGGGAUGGAGGAUCAAGAACCGAGAAUUCACACGUGACCUGCUUCUCCGAAUCCAUUGAAGAACAAGAUCCAAACAACGAAGCGAUUAUGGGAAGCUGGAGCUCCAACAGCGCCGCUCUAAUGGCGCCUAGAAUCGACACAAUGGUUCCAACCAUGGACAACAACUUGGACUCAACAUGGAUGCAAGACCCCUCAAUCCUCAAGAUCUUUCUAGAUGCAAACAACGAUUCGAUCAUGAAAACCGAAAUGGUGGAUUAUGGUAUGAACUUGAGUGGUCAAGAUGAUUAUGAUUGCAUAUGGAAUUAUUGAGCAACAAGCAAAAGAAUUGGGAAGUUAGUGAGAAUAGUAAGUAGAAAGACCUAAAGAUGGUGAUUUUAAGGUUUUUCAACUUAGAUUGAUGUUUGUUAAUACAUUUUAGGUUAAUUGCAAAGAUUUGAUAGAAUCAAAGGGAUUAUACCAUGUAAAUCAUUAUAUUAAUCAUGGGUUUUUAUCUUUAUUUGUAUUUGAUUAGCUGUAAUUUUCAUGAACUAUUAUAUACGUGUAGAUUUUAUUAUCACACAUUUAAAACA